AUGGAUGCGUGUACAUAUUUACAGAAAAUCCACCAAUCUGACAGUGUUGUAAAAAUAACAAAGGCACACUUGUAGUUUUUAUUUUUUAACACACAUUAAGUGACAAAUUUGUAAACUAAAGUAAUCUGAAAAUAAUGGAAAUGUGCAGUGAGGAAUAUUUUGGCACACAUUGGAAAAUCUCCAGAAAAGGAAAAUAAAGCAAACAAAAUUCUUUCUCCAGUGUUUCACAUUAGAUUUACUCUUGUGUAAGUAGGUUAGAGCCAUCAUUCAAAGGGCUGACAUUGUAAAAAAAAAGAUGACAUUGUAAAACUGUGGCUUGAUUGUGUUUCCUUACACUUAAUGCAAUCAGUGUCUUAAACUUUAAUAAAAUAAUUACGUCUUAAAAUGUGCCAUGCAUUUUACCAAGUAAUGCAAGGGUAAGUAAUUGAGGUUUGAAUGACUAAUACAAGAUGCUGUCUCAGCGUUGCACAGAUUACUGUAUGUUUUAGGCCUACUGUUAUGCUUGCUUGAGCUCAAAUGUAUGUAAAGAACUGAUGAAAUUGUGUUGGUUGCUAUGUAGAAUUUGGCCUCCAGUUAUGAAUCUACACUGCUCAAAAAAAAAAAAAGGAACACUAAAAUAACACAUCUUAGAUCUGAAUGAAUUAAAUAUUCUUCUGAAAUACUUUGUUCUUUACAUAGUUGAAUGUGCUGACAACAAAAUCACACAAAAAUUAAAAAAUGAAAAUCAGGGUUGGAGAAACACUUGUGUUCAAACUCCACAGCCCUGACAAAUAACUACUGCAAUGAGCUGUAGGGGUUAUGUUUGUUGUAGUAUCUCUACCUAUUUUUCCUUAUUUACCUGCUGCACCUAUAAAACCAUAUAGAGCUUAAAUCUAGCAUGGGUUAACACAACACAUCACAUGGGCUUAUCUACUGAACUUUAUUUCCUCAUUGCAGGUUAGAGAAGCUUGUGUGGAUUUGUAACCAAUUUCUGAAAUAAUGCAAUAAUUAAAAAAAUAUAUAUUUCUUGCACAUUCCCAGGCUUUGAUUCUUCUCGGGUCUUAAAGGACAGCUGUUAUUUCAACUAGGUAUUUUAUUCUUGUUUUAAAAGGAUUUUUUUUUUUUUUUUUUAAAGGAACACUAUAGAAACACCAUGGAGAGCAGUGAUGCAUUAAAUAACCGAAUGCAGGUUACUGCAGAACUGUGCCAUUUACCCCGGCAGCUCAUCCCCUCUGUACUGCCUGGGCUAAUGAGGACGCAUUAGUUUGAGCAGCAGUUGGCUGUCAGUUGAUCACUUUCAGCCUAUCACAGUGCGUAUUCUAGGUAUUAAUCUGUACGGCUAGAAGGAAGUGUGUAACAUCCCCCAUUGCCAUACUUUCAGUGGGGACCGGGCAGUGGGCAGCUAGGGACCAUCAUUCAGUGUUAAACUUCUCAAAAGUGGUUUAACAAUGAAUGAAGGAGCAGGCUCAAUGUCCCUUUUCCUAAAACCCUUUAAAGGGACAGUAUAGUCACCAGAACAACUACAGCUCAUUGUAUAUCUUCCAGUGAGUAGAAUUAUUCCCUUCAGGAGUUUUGCAGUAAACACUGUCUUUUCAGAGAAAAUGCAGUGUUUACAUUACAGCCUAGUGAUAACUCCACUGGCCACUCCUCUGAUGGCUACUAGAGAUUCUUCCUGGGGCAGUGAGGCACACAGUGCAGUACUGCCAUUCAGUGUCUCCUUCCUCUGGAUGCAGACACUGAACUUUCCUCAUCGAGAUGCAUUAAUUCAAUUCAUCUCUGAAAAGAUGAUGAUUGGCCAUGGCUGUGUUUGACUUGUGCUGGCUUUGCCACUGCUCUGUCUCCUUGACAGUCUCAGCCAAUCCCAUGGGGAAGCAUUGUGAUUGGCUCAGACCCCAACUUCUGAUGAUAACCGCAGGCUGAUCGGGGGCAGAGGCUGCAGCCUUGAAUACAAGUAAGAUUUUACUGUAGUUAUUGGAGGAAGGAAGGCUAAAUUAUGGUUUUAACACUAUAGGGUCAGGAAUGUUUGGCAAGCUAAUACUAGAGAAGAACACUGAAUAUUCUGUCAUAGGAUUGAUUUAACAAGUACUUUAUCUUGGGUCUUCAGCUGGGAAGUGACUGGGAUCACUUUCUAAGUAUUGGUGAGCAUACUUGGGUGUCUGAUUUCUCUUGCAUAUUAAGUACAUUGGCUUUCUUAUCUUUUCUCAUUUGCUUGAAAGAUACAGUCAGCACUGUUGUAUAUUUAUAUUAGGAAAAAAAGGGCUAAUACGUGAAUGGAAGCUGUUGGUGUUUUCCGUUCACUUGCUUGAGUAAUGCUAAUUAAUUCUCCCCGCCACAUGACCUAGAUGUUGCUAUAUUGUGCUUGAAGGAUAUUCACAUAUGUUUGGGUUUUAUGAAAAUUAUACUAAUGUAGGUUUCUAACCACUUUCUUAUUUUACCAGAGAAGCAAAGGCUUUGCAGCAACCGAUGAUUUUCUUUUAAUGUAUUGUGGUUAUAUCAAAGUGGUACAAAGAUGACAAAGGGAAAUAGUCACUUGUGGAAUGCACAUGCUGGUUCCCACAGUGAUUGACUCACUCUUGAGGUUUUUCACUAUUUUUCAGAAUAUCACAAUAAUGCAUUUCCCCCUAUAUAUACCUGCUUGAAGCCCAAGUUCUGUUACUGCUGGGCGCUUAAAGCUUAGGUCACAUGCAAUUGAGUUUAAAUACUAAUUUAGUCAUAAGGAAUCUAUAUGUGUGUCAUUUAUUUACCUGUUAGACACAUUUAGUUCAGAAGGAAUUACACUUUCUAUCUGUUACUCCUUUGCUGCUAUCUUCUGUGACCCCUGUAAUAAAACCAGAAUAAAAAAAGAUAGACAACCUAAGUUUGUAUCAGCUUAUCUAAAAGUCUGAGUCUUUUGGGGUAAGGAACCAAAAGUCAACUAUCUUAAAGUAUAGUUUUAUGAAAUAAUCUAAUUUAAAACAGCAUAUUUAUUUAUUCUUUUAGAAAUACUGUUAAAGAUUACGCAUUACAUUUCUUUUUAUAAUAGGCAAUUGAAGAAUUUCUGACUGAGCUGAAGAACCGGGAACAACCACAAUUGGUUUCAGUGCCUCCAAACACCGCUGUGAAAUUUUUAAUGGCUCGGAAGUUUGAUGUUUCUAGAGCAAUUGAUUUAUUUCAAGCAUAUAGGGUAAGUACAGUAUGUGAUUUCAUUCAUCCAGUUUUUUGGGGGUUACUUUCUCAAUAUUGGCUUUGUGUCAUUGAGACUUACUGUUUUAAUGAAACAGUAAAUUUUUAAUUACCAUCUUUUGCUCUGGACUUGCUAAUAGAUUUUUUCCUAGUUCUAGUUCCUGGAGGUUUACUUGAAGCUCCUACAGUUUUAUAUGUGGCUGGCAUAUUUUGUGUGUGUUUGUGGAUUGUAUGGUUGUUACCAGUUAAGGAGCCAUACUGUGUGUAGUAAAUUGGAAGUGGACUUCUGGUUUUCAAUGCCGCUUAUUCUGUUAGUUCUACAUUGCUGUGUGAUGGUAUGAAAAUUGGUUAGAGAUUAUUGUAGUGCAAUGUUCAUGUGUUGCUAGUAUGCAUUGCUGCUAUUUGAACAAUCCUGCUUCUAGUACCAAGUGCAUUUCCCAUUCCGGAGACUAUAACUUACUGAUCACAAGAUUUUAAAGAUGUUCUAUAUAGAUAACAAGUCCGACAUUAAAGGCAUCGACUGCCAAGAAUCUGUCUGAGAUCUUGGCUAUUAUAGUAAUACAUUUUAGAGACUCUUCCUAAUGACGUCCAUUCGGACAUGAUAUAAUAACAUACUAUUAGCCUGUAGUCCUUUACCCAGCAUUUACUGCCAAGACGAUUCCCAGAAAACAAUCCUUGUUACUCAAAUGCAUUUUGUAACCAUGAUCAGUUAACUUUUGCACACAGUGGACCUUCUGUCUCUGGAAAAGAGCACAAACAGCAUGCAUGUGGUAAAAUGCCGUGCACAGCCCUGUUAACAUAAAUGAGGUUGCAGUCAAUAAACAUGCAGCAGCUGCAUUAUGGCUGUAAUUCGCUUAUUCUGCAACUCUGCUAAUCAGAUCUGAUGAUUGGAACUGUGGCUAGGUUUGAGCUACAUAGUGUAUGGUGGUACGUCUGAAAAAAGUAAAGGAAAUACACAUACCUGAAGCCUUUCUUCCCUGAUGCUGCAUUUUUACUUCCAGAUUUGAAGCAACCAGAGGUCAGUUAGAUCUAGAUAUCCCAUGUAUGCCUUGUGGGAUGCUUUGUAGUGCUAGUUACAGCAAACAGAAGCUAAUUGAAGUUCCUGCUGCCAUAUUUUGCUUUAAUCGUAUGUUUAAAAGAUCAAAUCAAAUUCCAAAGCAACACGAGUAUUUUUUUUUCUAAAAAAAAGUUAGAGUAGGAUUUUAAAUGUAGGCAUCAAGCUAGCUCUAUAGGAAUAGCUAUUAAUUGUAAAGGAAUUGCAUCAUGGUGACCAGAAAUCCCCCUUCACCAACUUCAAUACACUUAACAGAAAAUAUUGAAACCCAUGCAAGCAAUACCGUGGCAUCACUCAAUCACAAAAAUUUGAGGGGAGCAGUCAUUAAUGGAAUGUGAUCAUUUCUACUGGUUCCCAUGGUGAGUGCCAUUCUAAUAUUACAGAACACUGAUAAAUCUUCCCAAAAUCCACUCAUUCUUAGUGCAUUCUUUUUCUAGCUUCUCAAAUCCUUUUUAAAAUAAACUAUCAUGCAACCAAAUGAAGUCUAGUAAACUUUUUAUUCACUAGUUUGAGCAUUUUUCAUUCCAUGUCACACUGAUCGGUUAAAACAUCUGUGGCUGAAUGUUGUAAAGCCAAAAGAGUUCUGAAAACUAACUAUCCACAUCCACUUCAGCUAGCACUGAAUAAUCCCUUAAGGACACAACUUCUGGAAUAAAAGGGAAACAUGACGGAAUAUUUCCGUCAUGUGUCCUUAAAGGACCACUAUAGUGCCAGGAAAACAUACUCGUUUUCCUGGCACUAUAGUGCCCUGAGGGUGCCCCCACCCUCAGGGACCCCCUCCCGCCCGGCUCUGGGGGGGAAGGGGUUAAAACUUACCUUUUUCCAGCGCUGGGCGGAGAGCUCUCCUCCUCUCUCCUCCUCCGCCUCCGUUCCUCCACGUCGGCUGAAUGCGCACGCGCGGCAAGAGCUGCGCGCGCAUUCAGCCGGUCGCAUAGGAAAGCAUUUACAAUGCUUUCCUAUGGACGCUUGCGUGCUCUCACUGUGAAAAUCACAGUGAGAAGCACGCAAGCGCCUCUAGUGGCUGUCAAUGGGACAGCCACUAGAGGAUUAGGGGGAAGGCUUAACCCAUUCAUAAUUAUAGCAGUUUCUCUGAAACUGCUAUAAUUAUGAAAAAAUGGGUUAACCCUAGAAGGACCUGGCACCCAGACCACUUCAUUAAGCUGAAGUGGUCUGGGUGCCUAGAGUGGUCCUUUAAGGGGAUAAGGAGCUGCUGCUGACCGCAAGUUCUCAACACAGCUCCCUGUGGCUGCCUUGUGCCACUGUCUGCCAGAAAUGUGGUCCCUCUCUGCAUAAACAAGCAAAAGAGAACCUCUGUAAUGUAGAAAGAAAAUUAAAAAGGAAAGUGACAUGGAUAGGGCUUUGGGGUUUUUGAAUGGGCUUGUGAGGAGAUGAUGAGUGAUAACAAUUGGAGGGUUGUGAAAAAUGAAGAAGUAAAAAUGGUAUUGGAAUAGGUUGUAUAUACAUUCACACACUUGCACUCCACACAGGUAGAUAAACCUAUGCACUUACACUGCCACACACAUACAAUCCUGAUGACAAGUAAAGUUCUGCAUUAAUGAACAAUCCACAAAAUUGCAAUGCUUAAUGGUGAUUUAGGUCGAUUUGUACGCUGCAGUUCAACAGUUCAAGUUACUGGUUAAUUUUUUUUAAGACAUAUUGGUAUAUUUUUAUUUAUGUAUUUUUAUAUAACAGAACACACGACUAAAGGAAGGGAUAUACAACAUAAAUCCUGAUGAAGAGCCGUUGCGGUCAGAGCUGCUGAGUGGUAAAUUUACAGUUCUGGUAAGUGACACAAAAAAAACUCUUCCAUGACAUGUUUAAAGGUGGAAAUGUCCUUACAAAAGAAGAACUCUAACCUUAUUCUCAGUGGUAGUUCCUCUUUUCCUCACUCCAUUAAACAUACUGUAGUAUUUAUUUGAAUGAGGUUUGCAGUGGAAAUUAAAUAUGAAAGCAGCUCUGUCACUUUCUGUAGUCUCUGCAUAUUUUGCAAAUACCCCCUAUAGUGACAUUGGUGCUUGCUGUACAGUGACCAGGAGUGCAGUGAAGGUUUUUUUUUUCUGGACUUUCCUUAUUCUGUCCAGUGUAGCCACCGCCCUGUCCAUCCCUGCCUACGCUCCUUCCCCGCCGGAGGAGACCUAAUGUGCAUGCACAGCAAUGGCUACGCUCACAUUAGUAGUUCACCCAUAGGAUAGCAUUAUAGAAUGUUUUCUGUGGCAUUUCGGGUGACGCUGGAUGUUCUCAUGCAUAGCGUGAGUAUGUCCAGCGUCAGGUGACCAAAUGUUGCUCAACAACCCGGAAGAACCUCUAGUGUCCGUUUGGUAGACAUCCACUAGAGGUCGAGUUAACCCACAAAGUUAAUUGUUGCAGUUUCUUAAAAAAUUGCAAUGAUUACCUUUGCAGGGUUAAGAUACCUGGGAAUAUGCACCGAGACCACUUCAAUGAGCUGAAGUGGUUUAGCUGCCUAUAGUGUCCCUUUAAUAGGUGUGCACACCGUACUCCCCAUGACUCUUGCUUAGGUCUGUUUGGGCACACUCGUAUGUCUGGGUUAGCUUGUUAUACUUUGGAAAAUGACAAUCUCACUUUUUUACAUAAAUGGUAUUUUUCUCUGGGAGCACACCCUAAUGUAAUAAACUCUGUAUUCAGUAUGUUUUCAGUCUAGUACCAAUCUACAUAAUAUUUUUUUAAGAACUGGGGUCAAGUUCUAAAUUCAGAGAAGCAAUAUGAUUAUUUCUUUAAAGUGACACUAGAGUCACCAUAACAACUACAGCUUAUUGUAUUUGUUCUGAUGAGUAGAAUCAUUCCCUUGAGACUUUUUGCAGUAAACACUGUCUUUUCAGAGUAAAUGCAGUGUUUACAUUACAGCCUAGUGAUAACUCCACUGGCCACUCCUCUGAUGGCUGCUAGCGGUGCUUCCUGGGGCAGUGCUGCACAGUGAGCAGCACUGCCAUUCAGUGUCUUCACCCUCUGCUUGCAGACACUGACCUUUCCUCACAAUUUCUGUUAAUUGCUCCAUGUGUAAAAAUAUGGUUAGCAGACUGUAGCAGUGAACUACACUAAACCAAGUUACAAUAGUUUAUUAGGACCCAUUUUUUUCCCCCAUCCUUUUGUUUCUUAGCACAUAUUACAUUCUGUGGGACAGGCUAUCAAAAUCUUUCAAGGGACACUCCAAUACCAAAAUACAAAAAUGUAGACAUCACUAUUUUGUAGGUAAACCCCAAAUGAAAUGCAAUUAUGCAUUUUUUUUCCAUUGGGUGUAUAUCUAAAAGCAACUUGCAAUAGCUGCAGAUUUCUUAUCUACAGCCUUUGCAAGCUCUCCUUUUCUAACCCCACCCAGACUUUCCAAUCACAGGCUUCUCAGUGCAGAUCAAUGAGAGGUCUUUGAAUGCAGAUACUCUGGGCAAUUGCUGACACUUGUUUAGCUCCACUGAGCUAAUAAAACCUGCAAGUAACACGACCAGUUGUCUAAUUGAAAGCCAGGGGGGUGUAACAAGGUUAAUUUAUAAAAGUGCCAUUUUCUAUUGAAAUCUGCACUUUUUGUAAAAUGGGGGAAAAAAGUUACACUUUUCACACACAAAGUGCUUUAGGGGUCUGGAGUGUCCCUUUAAGUUUGCAUUUCCUGCCUCUAUAAUAAUGGUCUCUAAAAUAGCUUUACAACUGUUUUAUCGCAAUGUUUUUCCUUUUUCUUUAUAAUUACAGCCUGGAAGGGAUGCAAAUGGAGCAGCUUUAGCUUUGUUCACUGCUAGACUACAUCGACCGGAUGUUACUACUCAUAAGGCAGUUCUGCAGGCUAUUAUCUAUCAGCUGGAUAAAGCCAUUGAGAGGUAAUUUAUUGAUGCUCUUUAAAUGUUGAGCGAUCAAUUACAUUCUCUCCUUCCCAUCGGAAAAGGAAGCACUGAAUUGCUCUUUGGAGAAAUGAUAAAGCCAGACAUGGCUGCUACUGUAAUGUUUAUAAAAUGCUUUAUUUAACCCCUUAAGGAUGGAGGCAAUUGUCCAAGUUCUGAACCAAAGCAACACCCAGAAUUUGCGCUAUAUGUCUGUUAAACCAUAAUAUCCCUCUUACAUAUUGAGUGCGCUCACACUUAUUAUAUACAUCAUUGUGUUCAGGAGAAAUAGGGCUUUUAUUUCACAUCAAAUAUUAAUAUAUGAAACCUAAUUUGAUAUGAAUAAUAUCUUAAAAAAUGAAAUAAAUGAGAAAUUAAGAAAUGUUAUUUUCCAAGUUCUGCAUGGCAUUUUAACUGUCAUAAUACUGUUAGCUUUUACUGAAAUAAAGUACACAUUUGUGUUCAGCGAUGUUUUAGGAAUGCAACACCACGCACCAUGUCCAUGUUUUGCGGUGUUAUGGAAAGUUACAGAGUCAAAUAUAGGACUUGUCCAUCUCCGUUUUUACAUGUUGAAAUUUGCCACAUUGAUUUGCAGGCUCAGUUGCCAUGGAGACUGUAUGGCAGUCAAGUAAUGAAAAUUAUCCCCAUCAUGGCAUACCAUUUGCAAACACAGACAACCCAGGGUAUUCAAAAUGGUGUAUGUUCAGCCAAAAAAAAAAAAAAAAACUUAGAAUUAAAAACAUAUAUAUUUUUUAUUUCUACAUGUAUAUUUAAGCAUUCAUUUUACAUCAUUAUGUGAAUUUUAUUAAGUAUAUAUCUGGGUCCUGCCUGACAACUCCAGAGGCAGAAACUCCAGAGAGUAUAAAAGUAGAUUAGUGUUUUUUUUUUUUUUAUUUAUUUAUUUAUUUUUAUAGAAUAUAUAGUAAAACAAUGCAGACUUAAGAAAUAGUCUGUGUAAUAGAGGGUUUAUAUCUAAGGGACCAUUUUUAGAUUUUUUUUUUAAUUUUCUAAUUUACUUUUUUUUCUACAAGAUUACAUCUGUUUCACAGCAGUUUGUCUGUGUGUUGUCUACAUGGCAAACACAUUGGCAUGCCUGUCUGAAUUGCAUGUCUUUGAUAUAUGUACAAUGCACUUUUGUCUUCUGUGUCUACAUGCUAAAUAACAAAAUGUGCUUUGUCUGUAUUUUGUAUUUGUUGAAAAUCUUAAAAACUGAAUUAAAAUAAAUAUUUGCAUGUACUGCUCUGCUAACAUCUGGCUAUACCCAUAUUCAUUUGAAAUAAAGCAAUUUCAUGUCUUUGUAUGCAUGCAUUUUUGCUGUGAUAUUUUUUCUUAUUUUUUUCCCAAAAAAUUUUUAAAACAAUUAGUGAGAUGCUUUCAUAGUAUAUGUAAACUAUACAUGUGGUUUCAGGGAUAAUUUAGUUACUUGCUUGUACAAACAUCAUUUUUUCUACUGCUUUUGCUCUAUUGAAUUAUUACAAAGGUUAUGAUGUAAAAGUCCUGUACACACUUUCCCAACGUGUCAAAGAAUUGCAUGAGUUUAAAAAAAAAAAAAAAAAAAAAAAAUGGCUGCAUCUGUAAACCUAUCCCCUUGAGCAGACACUUUUUAUUUGAAUACUCAGAUGAGAACCCAUAGCUGUUUACUGAGCGGAGUGUAUAAUCUGAAGCUGUACAUCUGCUAGCUGUCAGAUUGUAAUGUAGUUACAUUCAUAGAGGUAUAAUUUUAAGAAUAUAUGAGAAGACCUGGCCUUUGAUAAUCCCCUGCUAGGGUCUCAAAAUUCUUUUUGCUAAUUUGUGCCAAAACCUAUACUAUUCACAUAGACUGAUUUCUCUCAUAAUGGCAGUCCCCAUAUGAAAUGAUGGCAAAUUCCAUCUGCACAAGUUAAAGCAAACCAGGGUUAUUAGUUUGGCCUUCUUUAGGCUGUCGGCUAGCUGUAGCCGAUUCCCCUCUAGGCAACAGUGAACAUGGUGUCAUCACCUAGAUUAUCAUUUUAACUUAAGGAGACUCUAAACUAGACUUGAAGCAAAACAGAGAAUAUACAAAUUUUGGUGCCUUUUCAGAGAGCAUAUGCCAUUUACAUAUGAUUGAUUCCACCCGCAAGGACUGUCCAGUUCGGAAAUGCUGUGCAAACGUAUCCUAUAAAUUUCUGCUGUACAGCAUUUUAUGGGAUAAUUCAAAAGAGAAACAAAAUGAAGUAUGAGAAUCGGGAACAAGUGUUCUAAAUUCUGAAGUUAUUUAUUUUAAUGCAUGCUAUCUAAUACAGUAAAUGGGUAGAUCAGUUUCUGCCUUUUAUGUCUUUUUUGACUUGGCCUUUCUUUGUUUUUGUUUUUUUUUGUAAAUCUUUUUUAUUGAACAGCAGGAUAAGAUUACAUAGUUGCGUCAUUACAAUAUUUUAAUCAUUAUACAGAUAACCUAAGAUAUUACGAACCGAAAGCGUUGAUCCUGUACAGAGUUUUGAGCAGUAAAGUUGUUGUGUCCCCCUUUUUUUUUUUUUUAACUUUCUUUCUUCCCUUUACUUUUUUUCUUCCCUUCCCCCUCCCCCCAACCCCCCUUUUUCUUUCUGUUGCCUUUCUUUAUGUUAAGCACAUAUAAUAUGUGGCAUUUUAUUUUUCUGUAUUUUAAGGCUUGCCUGGUAUGGCAAGAAAACCAUUUAAAUGUGUCAGUUCCAUCACUGUCAUACGACUACAGUCUGUAUAUAGAUAACUCAAACUUUAGUGACUGUGUAAUCAGAAAUUCAUAAUGAUUUUCAUCUUUUAGGCAAAUUUAUUAAUUCCUGAAGUCUCCAGAUAUGAGGACGUUAGUGAGAUUUCUCAGUUCUGUUUCCGUCAGAUGGGAGCACUCUGCAUCUUUAAACAGCAGAGUUUUAUGCGGUUAUGUCACAAGUUGUUUUUAUUUAUGCAAAAAAUAAAUGAAAGUACAUUGCCAGUUGAUAGCAUCUUCUUUAAUGGCUUUUUUCAUAAUGUGUAAUUCCAUUUUUUGAGCCAUCAGAAUUUUGGAACAAUUAAUUUUAAGUUGCUUGCUUAAUCAGUUCACGUGUAACUUGUUUUAUAGUGUAAAACAUUUAUAAAUGCCCCCCAUUCCCCUCAGUAUGGCUAUUGUAAGGUACUUUAACUAUCUUUUAUUUUGAAUAUACAUUACUAGACUAAUACAGCUGCAAAAAACACUAAUGCUUUACCAUGAAUAAACAAUCACAGUUGCUUUAGUCUCCCAUUUAAGGGCGCAAUGAAAGAGCAUGUACAAGUUGCGUAAGAGUCGGAUAUCGUGUGUACACCAUAUAAGCGCUUGUAUGGUAAGGGGCAAGCUAUGCUACCACUACAAUUUUGCACAGGGAGGAUGUAGCAUUAAGUUGCUGUAGCUCAAAUGAAUAGAUUGAAGGUAAACAGGAGCAAGGAUCUCUGUGUAGCUUCAUUUAUGUAAACUUUGUAAGUAGUUGUGGUGCGUGAAGUGUCCCUGAAAAACGUCUUGACCAAUGAUAAAACAUAUGGCAGCUUUGAAUUUUAGUUUGCUGAAAAAUAAAUAUAUAUAUAUAAAUAUAUAUAUAUAUAUAUAUAUAUAUAUAUAUAUAUAUAUAUUUUAUUUUUAUUUUUUUUAUUUUUUUGUAGUUACCUUUGUAAUAUUCAUUCUUUGCCUUUAUAAUUUUUUUUUUUUUUUUUUCUACUAGAGUGGAGACCCAACGAAAUGGACUCAUAUUCAUCUAUGACAUGAUAAAUUCCACUUACGGAAAUUUUGAUUAUGAGCUGUGCGUCAAGAUCCUAAACCUUUUAAAGGUCUGUGUCCUUAUAUUGAUAUUUUAAGUUUUCUUUAGUUUCUCUUCUGUAUUACCACAAAAUUUAACAAUCUUUUGCCAUCAAGUAAGUCUCACAAAUAGUUUUAAUCCCUUCUGUGUACCAAGCCGUUUCUUGCUAUUGUUUCAAGUUCAAAGAUCAAAGGAAUAUUCCAUGCACCAUAACCACAGAAGCCCUCUGUAGUGAUUAUGGUGCCAAGGUUGCUGUGGUGCCAUCCUAUGGCAAGUUGUCAAACUAUUAAAAAUAAUUGUUUGACAAAUUACUUGGGUCCUGCCACGCACCCACAGCUACAUACUUGACGUCCAGUGUUCUAUUGCAAAGCCAAAUAUUGCAUUGACCUUUACAGAGACAUCUGGCUUCUCCUGCCAAAGAACACUGGAUGCAGGGGAUGUGGUGCAAGCGCCUGACAUAACCCAGGUGAAAUGUCAACAAACUAAAGUGGUUUGACAUGUUACUGUGGGACAGCACCAGAGCAUUCCCAGUGCCAUAACCACUACAACAGGCAGUAGUGGUUAUAUUGAUUGUAGUGCUCCUUUAAAUAGAUUGUAUUAACUUAAAAAAGCUGCCCCCUUCCCUUACCCCCUGAGUCAGCUACAAUGUCAACAAACCUUAGGAAAGAGAAUGGGGGGAACUUAUUGUUCUGCACUCUGUCAAACUGAUUUUUUUGCCGGUUGCUAGAUAACUUUGUAUACAAAGACUGUGGGUGCAGAUAAACUUUAUUUUAUUUUUUAAAUAUAGAUUUCGUCCUUGUUCUAAAUUAAUGAUUUGCUCAACCUUUGUAUAGCUUGAUCGGAGACUAUAAUAGCACUUCAUACUGUUAUACUCAUCUUUUUGUCUUUAUUUUUUUUGUCUGCAUCUAAAUGUUAUGGUAAAACAUGUCCAAUUUUGUGUAUCCUAUCCCGAUCCACAAUAUAGGGUGUUGAUUUUCUAAAAUUAUUUGCUACAGUUUCAUAGUUAAAUAUGGUUUGCAUUUCCUGUUUUGUUUUGUUUUGUUUUAAGACGUUCUGUCUUAUCUAGAAGUGGGGAAUCGCCAAUUUGUGGUGAAGCAUUACCUUUCAAUGCACUCACAGACUACUUGCUCCAUAAACAAACUUAACCAUUAAAAUUAUCACAUAUGGUGCCCUUUAAAACAAGCAAAAGGUGGAGCAUUAAAAAAACAAAAACCAAGCUUACUAAACAUGGGUUAAAAUAGUUCAGCUGGAAUGUUUUUUAAUCAUGGUUUAGCUUAAAGAAACACUCCCAACCCCUCAACAAUUUCAGCUCAUUGAAGUUGUCGUGGGUGCAUUAGUGCCAGAGUGCCAUAUUCUGGUUUCUGAACAUUUCUUUAAUACUUUUUUUUUUUAUAUAUAUAUAUAUAUUUCAGGCCGAUUUAAAUUUUCGUACAACCCAGCUAUAGAUAACUUUUGAAUGUAUGGCUCAGUUCAUAUAUAGGUUUAGUUGUGGUAUGUGAUGUUGCAAAGACGUUUUUCUUGAUGACUGAGACACCUUAUUAUGACUUAAUAUUUUAUUUCCCUGUAUAUAUAAUAGGGUGCUUUUCCAGCGCGGCUGAAGUGCGUCUUUAUUGUUUCUUCUCCACUCUGGUUCAGAGCUCCAUUUGCUGUUUUGCGUCUCUUUGUCAGAGAGAAGUUACGUGAAAGGGUAAUGUAUUUCGUAAUGAAAUUUAUAUAAAAGUGUUAAUAUCAGGGUUAAGUUUGCUAUAUGACUUGUUAAUCCUGAAAUAUAAAUCCACAUCUGAAUUCUCAAAUAAAACAUUAUUCAUAGUAGCAAAUGUAAAUGUUACAUUUUCUUUCAAUUUGUUUUUCUCCCGACUGCACCAAUCACAACUGUGGGCAUUCACUUUGCAGCAUGUAUAUACUGAAAUAGUAAAACAAAUGGAAUUUAACUUAAUAAGUUGUCGAGUGACAUAUAACGAAUGAGACGUUUGAUUAUUCUAGACCUGCUUUUCAUUACUCUUUUUCUGUGUAGGUACGCACGUUAAAAGCCCAUGAACUGAUAAAUCACAUCCCGAAGGAUUCCUUGCCAGAACAUUUGGGAGGCACAUCGAAAAUAAGCCAUGUUGCUUGGAUCCAGGCAUGUGUCAAUUCCAGGCAAGGACAAGAGAGUGGAGACUGCAUGGACCAUCUUUUCCUUAUAUACACUACAGAACAAAACCCUGUGAGUGAUAGACUUAAUUCUAACUGCACCCAGCAGAAUGUGACUGAUAACACUAGACUUCUACAUAAUCAUUACCAUGAAAACAGGACUAAAAGUUAUGCCGAGGCGCAUAGAGUAGGUGGCUGUGUGCACUGGAAUGGUUCUGCAGUCAGCGGCACCUACGAGUGCUGUGACAAAGGCUCUAGUGCAAACACAAAUUGCCGUCGACCGCCACCUCAGUCAGAGACCCCUCCGGACACUCCAUUGUAUAAGCAGCCUGCUGACAAUCCCUCCAUCCCACCUUUACCCCAGAAAUCUCGACCAUUGCCUGUGGGUAUGGAGCCUUCUAUACACAUGCCAGAAGAAGGAGGGAUGACUGUACUUGGCUUGGUGCAACACGUCAAGCGCAUGAAAAAGAGAGGGAUUUUUCAAGAGUAUGAAGAAAUUCGGAAAGAGCCACCAGUUGGCUCUUUUGAUGUUUCAAAGUAAGUUUGGAGUGCAUCCCAUAAAACCACAAAAAAAAUAGGUUUUACUUUUGGCUUCCAUCUAGAUGGCACUACCCAGAAUAACUGUCUCAUAUACAUAUAAUUAUUAAUGCAAAAGUGGAAUGCAGCUGAGUGAUAUCCAGGGUUUGAUUUAAAUCAUUAUUUAGGUCACUGGUCAGUUAGACUAGAUUUAAAUCCUGAUUUUUAAACAGACGUAUUCUUGCUGAUUGGUAUAAUCUUUAAUAAUCGCAAAAGAUUUCUUAUUUAGGAUUAUGACUUUUCCGAUUACUUUUGUCUUAACUUAUUCUGUUUACCAUUAGGAAUGUAUAGAUAAUAAUGAAAUGAUUGCAAGCUGAACUGUCUCAGUUUAAUAGGUUACAAGCUCAUACUUGUAGAACAAGUUAAAUAAAGGUGUUCAUUAUGAGUACAUCGAUUUGCACUAUAGCAAUUCAUAAACCUAAAAUUCAGUGAAAGUCCAGCAUAGUCAAAAUAUAUAUUUAUCUUAUUUUUCCUACGCUUGACAAAUGGUGGAGCCACAUUUGUCAAGUAUUUUCACUUCCCCCUACUAGUUACAUCUGUAGGAAAAAAGGCUCUGUCUAUGAAAGAUCCUGCAUUCUUGUGGGUUCUUCCAUAGGCCUCAGUGUUGUGCGCUCACACAUGUGCAAGAGUAAAACACUGUCCUGCGCUCCUGCAGACACUAGCUUAUAACUUGGAUUAAAUUAAUGAAUUUACCAAAAUGUACACAUUGCAUGAAAAUUCAACCUCAUGUUAACUAAGUAGCCCCUACUUCAUGCUGAAUAACCAUUGGACUAUAAUUCAUUUCGAUAAGCUUUUUUUAAAUGAUCACAAUUUGGCUUUGAUUGUACAUCAGUUGACCACGUGCAUCAGCUGUUUGUCUGCUCCCAAUAAGCCUUUAAUCCUUUUGAAUUGAAUAUCGAUCAUAUACUUUCCCUUGCAAUUAUCAGAUUCUAUGAUUUAGUACUAUUUAUUAAAGACCUAAUCCUUGAUAAAUGGCUUUAAAAUAGCCAUUCUAUUAUAAUCCUUUGAAAAUAAACAUUAUAAAAUAUCAUUUUCUUUUAUUAAAAGACUGUUGUGCAAAAUUAUAGCUAAAAAAUGUUAAAAAAAAACAAAACACAUAUUUAGUUCCUUACUUAAUUAAAAUCCCUGUUUUUGAGCAAAAACUAAUUUUUAUUUAAUCGUGAAAAGUAUUAUACUGAAUGGGGAAUUUAACUUACAAAAGCUAUAAUCAAGCCUACAGAAUGCACCUAAGGAAUAGUUGCCGUGUAAUUUCUUGGUGAUAGAUAUAUUUUGUGUUUGCAGAUUUUAAACCACAUUAAAAAAUGUAUUCCCUUCAAAAGACACCGUAGAGUUGCCCUAGCUUGCUCAAUUUCUUACAGGUAUGUUUCCUUUCUACAGAAAGCCUUGCAAUCAAACAAAAAAUAGAUAUAGCGAUGUUCUGUGUUUGGAUCAAUCCAGAGUCAAGCUGGGGCUUAUUGGCACAGAUGAAGUAAGUGAAAGAUCUAUAAUUAAUUUAUUACCACUGAUUUUAAGAACAUACAUGGUUCAUGUUUUUUACACUGAAUAAAACUCAACCCGCCACAUUAAGCUUUUUGCAUUAGAAUAAUUUAAACGUUCCACUUGUGUUCAUGUCUUAUAGUAAUGUAUAGAUUACCUCAAAUUCAAAAAUACACUAUUGUGAUCUGAGGCAGUUUAGAUUCUUAGUGGUCACUGAUUCAGCACAAAUUAGAGGCACACUAACAGCCCCAUCACCACUUAAGAUAAUUGUAUAAGCUACGGUCCCAAGAGUUCCCAGUUCCUGUAACCUUUGAUCCUAUUUAUUAUUGCUGCAGUCAUUCUUUCAACUUGCUACUAUUAAAUAUCAAUGGUCGUUCAUGACCUGUAUCAGAUCUAAAAUGAGACUUACACCAUACAACUAAUUAGUGGAUUAUACUGGCUCACACUUAGUGGGGAGUUGUUUAAUUCAUGAAACAUGAUUAUUGGCAAAUUAUAUGGUCCUUCUGUAUGCGGAUCCACUGAUGCGUCUGACAUUACAAUCAAAAUGUGCAAUUUGAAGGAUCUUAUUCCUAAUAAUGAUUGUUUAGCAGCUGUUCUCAGGUUGAGUUUUGUUCUGUUUUUUUUGAUCUGUGUGCAUAUAUGUGAAAUGUUCCGUCACACAUGUUUCCAAACAAAUCAUCCAUUUGUAUAUUAAGACUGUGUGUAUAUUAAUUUCUGCUAAAAUUACAUAAAUUAAGAACCUUGAUACUUACCACUACUGUGUUCUGUGGCACAUCAAUGGCUUGUUAUUAUGGAUAAUAAAUCCACAUACCUGAAGAAAUGACUAUGAAAAUGCUUACUACCUUGAAAACUCAGAUUUAUAUUGAGCAAAGCAUGUACUGGAGCACUAUGUGUUAUUAAAGUUGAGUUAAAUGAGCCUCUUUUAAAAGCUUCAAAACGUGGUGAACUGACCAUGCCUCAACAAUAAAUAUAAACGCGAACCCAUCUCUUUCCAUUUAGACAUAAUUGUGAAAAAAAAAAUCAGUCCUCUGAGCAUUACGUAGUAUCUACAUUUGCAGGUAACGUGCAGGCUCAUUGCUCUACCCCUUUGAGGAGAGUGUUUAAUUUUCUUAUCCAUUUCUAGCUUAAAGGAACACUCUAAGUACCAUAGCCACCAUCUGCUGUAGUAGCUAUGAUGCCAGGAUUGCCUUGGUACUGUAUAAUUUAGAACCAUUUUAGAUUAGUUUGACAUUUUUAGACUGUGCUCAGCUGACACUCUUAACCAAUGAGCACCGCACUGCUUAGCUCAUUAGCGCUAACCAGAUUCUCCUGCAGGAAAACCUUAGAGGCAGGGUAUGUGUGGCCUUGGGUCCCAAUGGGGACCCAGUUAAGGCGUCCAAUGGUGCCCAUUCACUCCUAAUACCAUAACUACUAAUGCAGGCUGUAUUGGUUAUGGUUCUCCUUUUAUGAUUUAUAAGCUUAGGAUCCUGAGGGUAGCUGUCACACUUAAUUGUUUUGUUUGCUGUCUGUCUAUAGAUACCCUUUGGUUUGUUUGUUUUUCCUCCUGUUCAUAACAGACAACACCAUGGUUCCACCAGAUAAACCUCAUGUUUCCAUAAUGUAAACACCAUGUUUCCACCAGAUGGAUUUAAAUGCCUCUUAUUGCAGUUUAUCUAACGUCAUGCGCAGUCAGUUGUUGGUGUCUAUGGAGUUGCCAGCUACCCCUGACAGACAUGGAGGGAUUGUUUCAAACAUUUUAUUAAAAAAAUCAUAAUAGAGUUGAUAAGCCUUGAGCAGUGUGUGAAUACAAAGAACAUCCAUUGUGCACAUUAUUUUUUUUUUUUUUUUUUUUAUACAUAUCUAUAAUCAUAAGAUACAUUUAACUAGAAUACUCUCUGGGAAAAAAUGAGUGUUUUUGCUUUGAUCAGUCAUUCUCUAUUAGGAUCUUUAAUUAGAAAUCAUUUUAUACACUUGUUUCCAGAUGGUCCUAUAUUAAUAGUUAAAGGACCACUAUAGUGCUAGGAAAACAUACUCGUUUUCCUGGCACUAUAGUGCCCUGAGGGUGUCCCCACCCUCAGGGUCCCCCUCCCGCCGGGCUGGAUGGCAAGGAAAGGGUUAAAUCUUACCUUUUUUUUUUUUCCAGUGCCGGGCAGGGAGCUCUCCUCCUCUCCGCCUCCUCUCCUCCUUUUCGGCUGAAUGCGCAUGCGCGUCAGGAGCUGCGCGUGCAUUCAGCCAGUCUCAUAGGAAACAGCCACUAGAGGCUUUAGAGGCUGGAUUAACCCUAUUAUAAACAUAGCAUUUUCUCUGGUUAUUAAAAAAAGGGUUAGUCCUAGAGGGAACUGGCACCCAGACCACUUCAUUAACCUGAGGUGGUCUGGGUGCCUAGAGUGGUCCUUUAAUGCAUUUUGUUCUUGGAAACAAGUAAUAAAUAGUGGCAGUGUUGGGAAGGCAUCGACGUUCACAUUUGCUGUUGACAUUUUCAGAAAAGGAACUGAUUGGACAAAUUUGGGGGAAACAAAAAUAUAUAUUAUUGUGUUUCACAUCAUGGUGAUCUUAAAAUAAUCUCUUCACGGGCAUCAUACAAGUAUAAAAACUCUUCAUUUUUAAAGUUGCACCAACAUUUUCAGGAUGCUAUACCUGUGUAUAUGAAACUUACAUUCACAUAUAUAAAUAUAUAUAGAUUUCAGACGUGUUUGUAUACUUACUCUCUCACUGCAAAACGAAAGUACACCCUCUUUGAAUUCUAUGGUUUUAUAUAUCAGGACAUAAGAACACUCAUCGGUUACUUAGCAGAUCGUAAAAUAAGGUAAAUAAAACCUCAGAUGAAAAACACGACUUAUUACACUGUGUCAUGAUUUAUUUAACAAAAAUAAAGCCAAAAUAGAGAAACCAUGUGUGAAAUGAGUACCCUAUGGCAUUUUCAUAAGCUGAAAAUGAUUAUUAGCUACAGUUGUUAUAGCGUUCAUUAUAAAUGGCACAGCUUGUCAAACCUUCAAUAUUCUUUAAUACAGUAAGUUCUUGCAUUCCUAGAAUCUGUUCUUGAAGAGUGUAUCCACAAACAGAUAACAGAUUUCUGUAAUACGGUCUGUUCAGAGGAUAUUGCUAUGUAUGGCUAGGCUCAUGGGCGAUAUAUAUUUUAGCUGUAAAUUUGCAUGAUGAAAACUGGAUAUUUUAGUAAAAUCAAAAUAAUAAGUAUAUAUGCCAGAAACACCUUGCAUGCAUUGUCUUAAAUAACCUCUACAAAGUCGUACAUAUGUUAAUACCAGCUGGAAUGUUUAUUCUUGUAGACAACGGACUAUAUUAAUGCCAGUUUCAUGGAUGGCUAUAAAAGGAAAAAUGCAUAUAUUGCGACACAAGGUAAGAUACAAUCUCCCCUUUCCCUUAACUGUAGAGUGGAGGAUAUUUUGGUACUGCAGAUGUUUGAACUAUGCUUCCCAUAAUUUAGCCAACCUGUAGCAUCAUGGAAAUUAUUCCAAAAAGCUCAACAUUAUCAAAAUUACCCUUCAAUGCCUGAAAAGUUUAUUAUUAAAAAUGAUAAAAGAUGGACUUCAUAAAAAAUUAAUGUAUUUAUUUUUGCAUGCAUGUUAACUUCCAACUGUAAAAUAAUAUCAAUAAACGUUUAAAUCUCUUUAUUUAAAGUUUCAGGAGAGCAAAGAAUUAAGUUGUCUAAAUACUUCAGUACAAAAGAGAUAAUGCAUAUACAGAGUUUGUGUAAUCAGAAGGAACCCUGAACAACUGUAGGCUCAGUAAGGUGUAAAACCGCAUUAUGCAUGGGUAAUCAUAACAUUACACUAUUAAAGGGAAAGUCGAAAAAUGUACGCUUUGUUUCUCUUGUCGUCUUUUCAGAAAAAUACUCACAUAUAUGACUUGUUCUGCGUUAUCGCCUGUAUUGUAGCAUCUCCACUUUGAAAAUUUGAUUGACCAAAAAAAAAGGGAAGUCUAAAUACCAAACUCAUGUUUUAUUAAUGACGUGAUUUUGGUGCAUAACUUGAGGCUUACAACAGAAAUAUAUUCAAAUCUGUUCAAUUAUGUAAUCUUUUUGAUGUCCUAUGUCAGCAUGCAAAGUAUGUUGAUUUGCAAACAAUGUAUGCUUCUCUGUGAGAAGCAUUGUAUUCCAUGCUUUUUGUAGAGAUGUAUUGCGUUGGCUGACAUUGGGCUACAGUGAGUAGUCUCAGUGCAAGAAGACAGGUAAGUUGUAUGGUCUAUUCCAAACACUCAAGCACCAUAUUCACUACAGCCCGUUGCACCCUCUCCAGUGAAAGUAUUCAAACCAUUUAAGAUUGGUUUGAUACUUUAUUGGCUGAGAGCACUCAAAUAAAUGUAAACUAAGCAGUGCACUGCUAGGAAGCAUUCUAAAAAAAAAAAUCAUCAACUUGCCUAAAAUCACUCCUCCAUACAUUGAAUACACUAUAUGUCACAACGAUACAUGAUAUAUUUAAUGUAAAUUAUAUAGAUUUACUCACCUCUCCUGUGUUCCAUCAUUGCCACAGUCAAGCUUAAUGGGUGUUACUCGUCAUUUAACUCCCACCUCUGAAACCAUGCCCGCUCUUUCUCAGUUCCACAUUUGUUGUUCUUUAAUUUGCCCUGCUUGGGGAUGCAUCCACCAGCAUGCCAAACCUCCACAGUGACGUCAUGCCACUCUGCUUCUAUUUCUGCUUUCUCUUGUCAGAGUGCAUUGACCAACAACUGGGAGAACAAGCUAUUUGUAAAGCUGCUAGUACUAUGUAUAGAUAGCAUUUUAUGCUCAAUCUAAUGAGCAUAGGUUGUUGGGGACAUGACAAAUGCCCUUUAAAGGGACACUCCACACCCCUUAAGCACUUCACCUUGCUUAAGUGCUUUAUGUGUAAAGAAUGUGUCCUAUUUUUUUCAUUUUGCAAAGUGCAGAUUUAAAAAAAAAAAAAAUUUGGCACUUUUAUAAAUGAACCUGGUUACAUAUCCAUGACUUUCAGACAACUAGUGAUGUUACUUCCUGGUCGCUUAUUUCAGUACAUGCCUUUAAAAAAAAAUUAAAAAUUUUUUAGAGACGAUAAUCUGAACUUUUAGGCCGAUAGCCAAUAAUUUACCCAUACCAAUAUUCUGCACAUUUACCGUUUUGAAAAAAGAAACAACUUCUACACAAAUCUGCUGUUCACUGAACAUGUUUAACCCCUUAAGGACUGGACCUUUUUUGCGAUGUUGUACAUUUGCGACCAGGCAUAUUUUUACACUUUUGUGGUGUUUGUGUUUGGCUGUAAUUUUCCGCUUUCUCAUUUACUGUUCCCAUACAAAUUAUAUAUAUUUUUUUCAGGACAAAAGGGGCUUUCUUUACAUACCAUUAUUUAUAUAAACUCAUGUAUUUUAAUUUAAAAAAAAAUUAAAAAAAUCUGAUGAAAAAUUGAAAAAAAUACAUGUUUUUUUACUUUUACUUGAAAAAUCUUUUACUCAUCUACAAAAGCGAAUGAAAAAAAACUGCUAAAUAGAUUCAAAAUUUUGUCCUGAGUUUAAAAAUACACAGUGUUUAUGUGCUUUUUUUUUGCAUGUUAUAGGGCUAUAGGUACAAGUAGGAUAUAGUGGUUUCAAAACAUACAUUUUUUAAAUUUAUCAAUAGUGACAUUGUAAUACUAUUAUCUGUCAUAAACCUCUAAAUAACACCCCACAUGUACAUAUUUUUUUUUAAAGUAGACAACCCAGGGUAUUCAAUAUGGGGCAUGUCCAGUCUUUUUUAGUAGCCACUUAGUCGAAAACACUGGCCAAAGUAAGCAUUCAUAUUUGUUUGUGUGUGAAAAAAGUAAAAAAACUAAAUUGAACGCUAAUUUUGGCCAGUGUUUGUGACCAAGUGGUUACUAAAAAAGACUGGACAUACCCCAUUUGCAAUACCUUGGGUUGUCUUCUUUUGCAAAUGGUAUGCCAUCAUGGGGGUAAUUCUCAUUCCUGGGCUACCAUACGCUCUCAAAGGCAACGUAACCAACCUGGCCAUUUUCAAUGUAAAAAUAUUUGACCCAUAUAUUUGACCUUGUAACUUUCAAAAAUGCUAUAAAACCUGUACAUGGGGGGUACUGUUUUACUCGGGAGACAUCGCUGAACACAAAUAUUAGUGUUUAAAAACUGGAAAACGUAUCACAACAAUUAUAUCAUCAGUAAAAGUGCUGUUUGUGUGUGAAAAAUGCCAAAAAAGUCAUUUCACUGACAAUAUCAUCGCUGUGAUAUGUUUUACUGUUUUGAAUCACUAAUAUUUGUGUUCAGCGAAGUCUCCCGAGUAAAACAGUACCCCCCAUGUACAGGUUUUAGGGUGUCGUAGAACGUUACAGGGUAAAAUACAGUGCUAGCAAAUUAAAUUCUCUGGAAUUUCGGCCUGGGUUGGCAGGCAGGUCCCUCAAAUUGCAAUCAAUAAAAUUACUGAAUUAUGUAAAAAUAUUACAUAAAUACGCACGUAGAAUUUAAAUAUAUAUGCAUAUUUAUAUAUUUGAAGUCUACGUGUAUAUUUAUAUAAUUAUGUAAUUUUGUAUAUGGACAUAUGUAUAUUUCUUAUUAUUUUUAUAUAUACAUAGAUAUAUAUACAAAUUCAUUCUAAGUGUAUUUUGAUAUAAAUAUAUAUAUAUUAAUUUUAAAAUACAGUUAGAAUAAAAUUUCAUAUAGAUAUAUAAUUUUUUUAAAUUUAUUAUUUUAAAUUUUUUUUAUUUAAAUUACUUAUUAUUUAUAUUUUAUAAUAUAUAUACAAUAUAUAUAGUUAUUAUAUAUAUACGUGUGUAAUUUAAUUAUAAGUGUAUUUUUAUAUUAAUAUAAGUACAUAUUAAUAUAAAAAUACACUUAGUAUGACAUUAUAUAUAUGAUAUAUAGACAUAUAUUAUAUAGAUAUAAUAUAUGUCUAUAUAUCAUAUAUACACAUAUAUAAUUAUUAUUAUUUUUUUUCUUAACACUAACUUUUUUAUUUUUAUUUUACACUAGCAGGGAGACUGCCUGUCAGCACAGGCAGUCCCCCUGCAGGCAGACACAUGGACACCUAUUGUGACCAUGUGAUCGCUGUGUUGAGCGAUCACAUGGCCACAGGGGUCCUAAUCCAGUGUGGGGAGACUGUCUGGGCUGCAGGCAGCCUCCCCACAACCGGAGCCACGCUGCUCGCCGCCGGGGGAACGACGGCGAUCAGGUAAGUACCUCUGACCGUUAGGACGGUUCAGGACCGUCAUUGGUCGGCGAGGCAAAAAUGCCGAUGACGGUCCUGAACCGUCCUCGGUCGCGAAGGGGUUAAUAUUUUUUAUUUUUAUUAAGUGGUAAAUGUACAAAAUAUACAUGCCAGUCAGAUUUUGUUUUCAAGAAUAUUUAGUGUACCUCUCCACUCCCUUCCCUGUCCCUUAGUGUACCUUUCCCCUCCCUUACCUGUCCCUUAGUGUACCUCUCCCCUCCCUUACCUGUCCUUUAGUGUACCUCUCCCCUCCCUUACCUGUCCCUUAGUGUUUCUCUUGUACUGUGGUCCGCUGCGCUUGGCCACGCUACAGGAGCUUCAGUUUCCUGUACUGCCUGGACAAACAGGAAGUGCUCUCUCAUUGAGCACUUCCUGUCAGUCUGCCAGGUACAGGAAACUGAAGGAGUUGUAAAGGCUUCAGACGAGACCAUUUUCUUUGGAAAGAGGAUUUAGAUAUACCACCGAUGGAAAAAAUGCAUAUUUAAAAGUGUGCAUGUUUUCAUUGGGGUACAUCUACUAAACAGUGUUUAGUUUUUUAUGUUUCUAAAAACAGUGAUUCCUCGCAUAGGUGACAAUCCAGUGGCGGAACUACCGUGGGCGCAGCUGCAACUGGGUCAGUCACUCCAAGUGGCCCGGCAGCCCUGUCCACACCUGCCGAUGCAUCUUCUGUCUGUGCCAGAGGCGGAACAGGGAUCGCAGAGGCCGUGAGUGCAACUGGGCCCUCUGUGUUACUCCUGUCAUGGGGAAACCGUUAGCUUAUUCGAAAGUCCGAUGAAUACUCUGAUAUAUAUUGUCGGGUGGCGGGAGCUGUAGAUGGGCGGUGUGGGAGCUGUUCCUUCUCACAGCUCCCAUGUGCGCUCUGCGGUGAUGCCAGGAGCUGGGAUAUGAUUUUACUCCGGCACAAACAAACAAAAAAAAAACGGUGCGCAAGGGAACAUUGUGGAGCAGCCACACUAGACUCCAGGGAGACUAGCCACACCAGCUGGAUGGGUAUUAACACACACACACACACACACACAAAAAUAAAUUAUAAAACUACUUUUUGAUUGUGUGUCAAAUUUGUGUGUGUUUUUCAGUGUGUCAAAUCAGUGAGUGUGUCUGCCAGGGAGUAUGCUUGUCACUGAAAAUGUGUUAAAUGGUUUGUAUGCCAAUGAUUGUGUCUGUAUGUGCAUCAGUGAGUGUGUAAUGGGGGCCCUUCUAUGAUUCUUGCACAGGGGCCUGAUAUUCCUAGUUAUGCCCCUGUGACAAUCUAAGAAGACAUAGUAUGAUUGCUUGACCUAUAGUUAUGUGCGUAGUGUAAGAAGAGAAUGUGCAACCUUACGGCACCACGUUAUGCAUCAUCAGGGCUGUCCUCCUUUUAUCUCUUUGCAUAUGGCCCCUAUUUGUUAUGCAAUUAGCCGUAAACAUCGCAAAGCUCUCCUAUGUAACAUAAAACUACUAAUGCAGCUUAGUUUGAAAUGUGGUGCGGAAACAUCGGUGGCCCUAAGAUUCUGUCAUUGUUUGAGUGGUUUCAGAAAGAAGGUUCUUGAGAUCAAAUGACACACAAAUUACUUGUUCUCAUUAGGGCCAAAAUAAAUGAAUUUGUCUGCCAGCCAUCAAAUACUUAUAUGAUCUUCAGGUAACUCAAAAAAAAAAUGGUGGAAAGGGGGAGCAUUUAGUCUUAUUUUUAAAAAAAAAUUUAUUUAAUUUUUUUUUUUUUAAACUUGCUCUGAUGGAACAUAUUAUUUUCUUGCUUUCUUCUUCAGGUCCCUUGCCAAAAACGUUUGACGAUUUCUGGAGAAUGGUGUGGGAACAGCGGGUUUUAAUAAUUGUAAUGACAACAAGGUAAAUGUAGAUUAUCUGUCAAUCACCCUCACCAGAUAGAUCAAUAACAGGUAAUCAAAAGGACCUUCCUGGCACCAAUAAAACUGUAAAGAACACAGUUUGUUAUAGUGGAUCUGGUGCAAAUUGAUUGUCCCCUCAUCUUCAGCAAUGCAAACCUAUGUUCCAAAGGCCUCCUCUAACAUAGGACACUAAUAUUAAAAAACAAAUCUAUUUAUUUUUUUAUCUCCACGAUUGCUCUAUUCCUACCAUUAGGUGUCAGUAUUUUAUUUAGAUUCAGUGUAUAAGGAAAGUUAUGGAAACCUAAUUUCUCAAGUUUCUAUGCCCAAGAAGAAAUUCUUAAAUUCCAGUUGGAGAUAUGCAGUUGAUCAUUUUUGUGUUUCCAAUUAGUUUUAUCAUGUUUGUGCAUAGAAUUAUCGAUGGGUACCAAAAGGAUUGUGGUUAGACCAGAGUGGAAUUCAUUGAUUUAGAAUGGUCAUCUUACACUUUCAUCCAGUGUAUGGCCAGCAGGGGGCACGUCACUAGCCAUAAAACACCUUUGGCACAUGGCAAGGUCCCAGAUAAGUGGGCAAACCAUUGCAUAUCGAUUAGCCUCAUUACCAGGAAAUGGGUCCAGGAAACACCUAGCAUCAUUACACAUUGUUCUGUAGUGGUUAUGAUGCUGCUCGGGCUGUUGAUAGCAUCCAUACUGUUGCUGUUGGGAUAAUCAAUUUUCUGAGAUGGUAUAUGUAGUGUUAUCUCCCAGACUGCACUAUUUACAACAUUUGCUCGGGCACUGUCCAAAUACACGCCCAAGCUGGAUUAAGGUUGGACGGCAAAGGAAGAGAGUUGUUUUAAUAUAGACAUCAAUAAAAGUACUUAUAGAAUUAUAAACUACCCUACUUCUAGCAGAGUGUAAUCUGCACUUUUUCAGGGUGGUCCCAGGGCUCAUAGAAACAUAGAAUGUGACGGCAGAUAAGAACCAUUUGGCCCAUCUAGUCUGCCCAAUUUUCUAAAUACUUUCAUUAAUCCCUGGCCUUGUCUUAUAGUUAGGAUAGCCUUAUGCCUAUCCCACGCAUGCUUAAACUCCUUCACUGUGUUAACCUCUUCCACUUCAGCUGGAAGGCUAUUCCAUGCAUCCACUACCCUCUCAGUAAAGUAAUACUUCCUGAUAUUAUUUUUAAACCUUUGCCCCUCUAAUUUAAGACUAUGUCCUCUUGUUGUGGUAGUUUUUUUUCUUUUAAAUAUAGUCUCCUCCUUUACUGUGUUGAUUCCCUUUAUGUAUUUAAAUGUUUCUAUUAUAUCCCCCCUGUCUCGUCUUUCCUUCAAGCUACUCAUGAAGUCAAAAGGAGGAAUUUUACUUUUCUUUUAAUGCCAUAAAUAUCUCGACUGGCUUAACGGAGGGCUAGAUUGAAGGGUUAGUCUAUCCACCAUGACCACUUCUACUUUUGGUAGUGAUCAUAGGUUUCUGUAUGUAAAGCGUUUUUAUGCUUCACAGGAUACACAUCCUGAGAUUUGUGCCAGUGGCUAGUAGCUCUGUUUCAGGCUGCCUAAUGUCAGUCUUGUCUAAAUAUUACAUCUGUCAUCUGCACGCUGGCGAGAGAGACAGAGAGCUUCCAUCCUUCCUGAUGUUAGUCAUGAACAAAAGAAAGUAUGACCUUGCUUUAAAUAAAAGAAAAUCACAAAACAUUGGACUGUAAAGAAUUUUCAUGUGCCUAUAUCAUGUAUACAUUUAUAUUUUAUCUGUUUUUGUAAAGGGUAAUAGAAAGAGGUCGAAUAAAAUGUGGGCAAUAUUGGCCACUUGAAGUUGGAAGAAGUGAAGACUCUGGGCACUUCAUUAUUCGAAACAUUCAUAUAGAUCUCUUCCAAGAUUUUAAGCUUACUCACUUGGACUUGUACAAUAAACAGGUAAAUUAUGUCCAUCAUAUUGCAUUGUUCAUAUGGUUGUGGUGGCACUUUAUAGUGUAAACACUGAUAUUUCUAUUAUGUACUAUGCAGCUAAAUGUAUAGCAGAUAUAUAAGCUUUAAAUUCAAGUGUGCAGCACCAUAAAGCAAAAACCAAAAAGCUUAGUUUUUGCAAACUUGUAUAGAUUUUAUCUAUACACACACACCGUUUUGUAAUCAAAAUUAUUCAACCCCCAUUGAAAAUCAGGAUUAUAGCCAAGAUUUAAAGACUGUCAGCUGUAUGCAAUGACCAAAUCAAUGAAAUAGCACAGCUAAUGCUUCAAGUGGUUUCCCCAAAUUCAACUGAAAAUGCACAGUCUUCCCAAACACAAUGUCUUUUCAUUGACAAAACACCACAUUCUUUUCCCUUUAGGUCACAAUAAAUUAUGAGAAUUAAGAUGUGGACAGUUUCUAACAACAAACUAAUAGUGCAAGUACAGUGCUGCAGAAUUUGUUGGCACUUUAUUAAUAAAGUAACAAAUCUGCAGCGCUUAACACAUUAAGUACACACAAAAUCCUAUCAAAGUGUAAACCAUUAAAAACACUUUUAAAAAAUAAAUUAAAUUUAAAUUAAAAAAAGCAAUAAUGAAUGUAGAGAUCUAACAAAUACCGGUAUAUACAGGAUAUGACCUAUCCACACCAAUAAAAUAUCUACACAACUAGCAAGGCAUUAAGUUACUCCAGAGCACACCAAUUGAGUUAAAUACUACCCACCAGGGAUAAAUUGUCACUAGCUAGAGGCAAGUGAAAAUCUUUACCUCUCUCACCCAUUUUGAUUUUACACAUUCUUGGUUUCCUUGCCUGCGGUUUGUUUAUGAUGCAAAUUAAUAAGAUUUGGUUAUUGAAAAUGUAAAAUAAAUCUCUUACUAGAGUAUUUAGAAAAUGACUUGCAAUGAAAGGCCCAUGCUCAUGUUGAUAGAUUAUGAAUAAUAGCAAGUUGUUACACAGGCUUUCUUCAUUUUCCAUCUCCUUUAGUAUCUGCUUUUACUUUGAUAUCUGUAAUCGUAUUGUUCAGGUAAAGAAUAAGAACUGAAAGCUCUCAGGAGUGUAUGGUGGACUUCUCUGUGUGCGAGGGAUUGUAAUUACUGUUUUUGAAAUUGCUUACAUUAUCCUUUGCUGACUUCCAAACGCAGUCCUCUUUGAGGAUAUCUCUAUAUAGUGCUGGUACUAAUAAAAAAUUAUUUAAAAAAAAUCAAAAUUCCAUUAGAUUUCCAGGCACAUAGUGUCUUCCAUUUCACUAUAGCAGUGGCUUGAAUGGAAGAUUAAAAAACAGAGCACUAAACUGUUAUGCUUUAAGUCAUUUCCAUCACUUCCUUUUGUAUUCUGCUCCAUUCUCCUUUUUUGACACAUUUCUGUAUUUUAAUUUAUUGUUUCUGCAGACAGAUGAAAGCCGAAGUGUUGCUCAUUACCAGUACAUGAGUUGGCCUGACUUUGGAGUGCCAAAAUCUGCAUCUGCCAUGUUGGAUUUCCGGGCCCAAGUGAAGCAGCAUCAGGCAAUGGCUGUGCAAUCUUUAGGGCCUGAGUGGACAGGACAUCCUUCAGGCCCACCAAUUGUGAUUCACUGUAGUGCAGGAAUUGGGAGGACAGGUAAAUAAAAAAUACAUGUAUGCUUGUUUCUUAUCUAUUAGAUGGUUCCUUUCAAUAAGCUUAAAUGUACAGCAAAGUAUCUGCAUCAGGAGGAGGCAAAAAGUUCUGUCCAAAUAUAAAUAUUUGUGGUGCUUUGUCUGAUGAUCAUGGUUUUCUAUAAAUUUGAACAUUACCCAUUAAGGAUAAUUAAUUAGUAAACUUUAAAUCUACAUCUUUCUAAAGCGUAGAUGUUUGAGUGCACUGGGCAUGUCUACUCAUACUGAAAGCAAGAACUUGACAUUAUAUACGGUUGAGAUUCAAAAUAAAGAACUUAAAGGAGUGUAAAGAAAUCCGUAGAAAUAAAGAUCUCAAAUCCCCCUCAUACGCUUGUUAACCUGCAUUUCCCUGCUCAGUUCUCCAUCACUGUUCCAUAGACACCUUACUGUGCUGUGGUGGACAGACAUCGUAUUUUAUUAUGAGAUGCUAAGUGAGGUAAUUCCCUACUCCAUCCCUUUUAACAGCCCAAACACAAGAUACUUACACACCUACUUAUUAUUUUGGAGCACUUUACCUACCCCUCUCCUCCCAUUAAUCUAGGAGAUACAGUAGUGUGCACUGUGAGUUUUAAUAAAGUAGUUAGCUUUUAAGUCUAUGUAUAAUUUUCAUAUUGCAUUCCACCUGCCAUGUGUACAUUCAUUUAAUAUUCAUAUUAAAUCUGUAACAGAUUAGACAUGGCUUGACAGUUUGACACCUGAUAAAUAUAUUAUACAGCAUAAGUAAACAAAUGUUAAUGUUGGGCAGAAGAGGUUAAAAGGUUGCCAUGGCAAUGCAUUCAUCCACAAAGUGAAAUGUUAUCACCUUUAGCUGCCCCAUACAUGAAAUUUUGACUGGUAAAAAAACUGGACAGCUAAUGACACCCUUACUAUGUCACUGGUUGGGUGUUAUCGAAGUUUGCACGUUAAAUAAAUACUUGAGCAUUCACCGAGUAAUUAAAGAAACACUAUGGAGUUAGGCAUACAAAUAUGUAUUCCUAACGCUGUAAUGCCCUAGUCACCAUUUAGAUGACAAAGCACUCACUGCUAGAGUUAAUAGGCAACUGUAAUUCCCCUUUUCUCCCUCGCAGCACAGUCUACUCAGGGAACCUCUGACACUGGCUAUCAUCAGUCUCUACCAUAGAAAAGCAUUGGGAGGCUUGUGCACAUGUGCAGCAAACGCCGCACCAAUUAAAUGGUCUCCCUUAGUGCAAGUGCCCCAUAGUGGCUGUCAAUAAGGUUAGCCCUGAAAAUGAAACCAUUGCUGUUACUAAAGAAUGACAGUGUUUUCAGCUGCAGGGUUAAAAUGCGGGAGAUGGCAACAAACACAUUAAAGCUGUGUUGGUGCCCAGAGCGUUCCUUUGUGUCUUGUGAGGUGAUGUAAUAUUUUACUCUGUGUUGUAUAGAUAUGUCAUGUACAAGUUCAACUGUGCAAUUUCUUCAUUUCCUGAAUAGGUACAUUUUGCACGUUGGAUAUUUGCUUGUCCAGACUUGAAAACAUUGGAACAGUGGACAUACAACAGACCGUGAAGAGGAUGAGAUCUCAGCGUGCAUUUAGUAUUCAAACAUGGGAUCAAUAUUACUUUUGUUACAUGGCAAUUAUUGAAUAUGCACAACGAAGAGAUCUUCUUGAACCUGUGGAAUGGUCAGACACUGAGUUUGAGACAGACAGCGAGUGAUUAUCCCUUCUCCAUGGUACUCAGACAUUUAUGUUGGCUAUCCAUAACCAUUAUUUGGUUCAUUGUAAACCCAGUGGUGCUGGAUGGACCUGCCACAUUGCCUUGCAGUGGAUUGCAGGCCCCUUCAGAUGGCAAGGGGUUUGAGCUAAUGAAGCACUGGAAAGUGUCAUAAUUUAUUGUAGCAUGAAUGCAAUGGGAUAACUUGCACACAGUCUUCUAGACUUGAAGUUAACUGUACUUUUCUUCUUUGCUGUUGUCUGCAGAAAGAAUGAAGUAUGUGAAACGCGUCACAGACCCCUUUGUAAAGUGGGUAGUAUCUUGUAGAUUUGUUUAGUCCUUUUUAUGAUUUUUAUGUAAAUUGUAAUGUGCUCUAUAAAGAUUGCUUUGGAGGGGGAAUCAUAAGUCAUCCGAUGUUACCAAGUAUAUUUCCAUGUUUCAGGAUACAUUGACACUCUUGUACAUUUCUGUAUAGCUAUCUGUUUAAACAAAAUAUAAGUUUCAAGGUUGCAAGGCUAUGUAUUGAAGGUUAUGCGUUCAUGUCUAUGGUAAACACAAAUGAAUGGUUUUAAAGUGUUAUGCAAUCUUUUCCUAGUUUACCGUAAUCUUUUCUUCACUGAAAGGAUUAGGAAACAAAGGCCUUAAGCUAUGUUUGAUUGUGAUAUUAUUUUGGUUAAUAAGCUGGGUCAUGAAAGACAUGUCUGUGAGAAUUUUUUUUUUCUUUUGCCCUGUCACUAUAUAUAGUGCAGGGCAUAGCAUUCAAUAAAACACUGCCUGCAUUGAUGUGCCUUUUUAAUGUAUGUGUAGCACAAUUAUCCAAAUUGAAAAAAAAGAAUUGCCUGCAUUUAUCUUCUCAGGGGCCUUUUUUUGUUUUCUGUUGCAUAGGAGCAAUUUUUUCUGUCUCUUGUUCUCUACUUGACUACAUUGUUUUUAAUAAUGUUUUGUGUUUAAUUUUAUCCAUCAAUACUGUAUUUUUUUUUCAUUUUUAAUUUAUAUAAUUAUGGUGUUUAUUCACUAAACUAGAAUUGACAGGGAAAUUGCAAAUCUGUGGUCAAAAUAGCAAAGCAAGAGAAUAUCUAAGUACCAAGUUCUUUCUUCACAAAAUAUUUUUUUAGGCAAUUUUGGCUAGAUAUUUCCAGCUUCCUUGUGAAUUCUUUUUUUUAGGAGUAAAUUACAUAUACAUUUCAAGACGGUAUAAUUUUGUCCCCCCCUUUAUUUUUUUUGGUACGACUACAUGACAGUGGCAACAUAAAUAGCUACUGUAUUUAUAACUACUUAAAUGUUUAUGUAUGCUUUUGAAUUUUAAAAAAAAUGCAUUUAUUUUGUUGCCAAAUUCUAAAUUAUAGGAUCUGUUGGUACCAAUAGAAAGCUUCUAGGUUGAACUUGUAUUACAAAUUAAAUAUUUCUUUAGUCUUCAUAAGUUUUUUGUUUUGUAAUUUUUUCCCAUACAUUUGUGUUCAAGACACUACUUUUAUUGCCUUAAUUAAAUGUUUUGUAAUCUUUUAUUCUUUUGUACUUGAAGAUUUCUAGUUAUCUGUGUGUGUAUCAACACAGUUAUCUGGCCAUGGCUCAUAUCCCCCUCUUCUACUCUCCCUCCCCCAAUUACUUAUGUUAACAGGUUGAACAUUCUAUGCUUAAAAGGAUCCCGGCUACACUCACUUCAG